AUGUCCGUUCCAACACCACCGACAACCACGCUGUCAGCACCGCCAUCGCCAAGGGAUCUCCCAACGUCCGCGUCGACCCUCUUGCCGCCGAAUCUGGACAACAACGAAGAGCAGGAGGAGCUCGAGAGAAUGCUCUCCCCGUCCGCCAAACGUAUCAUCAAGAUCACCACGACAAUCGUCACGCCCAUCUUCAUGCGUCCGAAACCCAUCUACAUCGUCGUGGCGACCUCGCUAAAUCCGCCAAUGGGCAUCGGACACCAGGGCAAGUUGCCUUGGCCACCGAUCCGGGCGGACAUGGCGUUUUUCAAAAACGUCACGUCGCACGUCUCCGACGAAGCGAAGGCAGGGUUGCGGGAGUCUCCUGCUUCUUCGUCGUCGUCAUCGGCGGCGGGACCGACGGGCAUGAGGACGCUCAAUGCCGUGGUCAUGGGCCGCAAGACCUGGGAGAGCAUUCCCCCCAAGUUCCGGCCGCUGGCGGGGAGAUUGAACGUGAUCAUCACGCGAUCCGACUCCGAGGAGCUGGGAUGGAAGAUCCUCCAGGAGUUGAAAUCCCCCGCCAGCAAGGGGAUGGACGCGGCAUCGCAGUGGGAACUCCAUGUCCUCCCAUCGUCGUCAUCCGCCAAAACAAACGUGAAGACAAAGUCGAGUUCGACAUCGAAGAGCAGCGCAAACCAGAGACGGCGCAGCAGCACGAUUCUGGUCCCGCCAGUUUCGACCUUCACAUUGUCCAAGCACGCGUCCAUAUCCCCGAUCCUCAUCUCCGCCUCGCUCCCUUCGACUCUCUCCCUGCUCUCCUCGCAGGCACCGAUCCACAUACCACCUGCAACCGCCACCACCGCACCAACAUCAGCCCCAGGCUCGGGGAGGGACCCCUCACUGUCCCUCUCGAUCCACAAGAUCUUCUGCAUCGGCGGCGGCGAAAUAUACCGACAGGUUCUGUCCCUCUCGUCCACCAAUCCUCACACCCCCACCACGCCGGCCGGGAGCGAGACGGGGACGGACACCGAGGGCGAAACCGGCGCCGAUGGAGGAGGAGGAGGAGGCGAGCAGCACUUCGAGGUGAGAAUAUUGCAGACGCAAAUCCGCCGGAUGCCCUCCUCGUCCACCGCAAGCGGCGACAGCAAAGGGCAUGGUGAUUUUGAAUGUGAUACCUUCUUUCCCGACCUCUUGCCUUCGCCUCAUUCAGGCGUCAAAUCCGCGAAAUGGAAGCAUGUUGCUCCGUCCAAAGUUCAGGAGUGGAUCGGAGGCGAGGUGGAGCUGCCUCAGCAUUUGGGGAGGCGGAAGCAAAGCGUUGUUGAAGCUAUCACCAGACAGGGUAAUGGGAGCGGUGACGAGGACGAAGAAGAACUUACGCCUCUGGAUAGUAGUGGGAAGGAGAUGUGGAUGAAGGACGAGAAGGCAGGUGUCGAGAUUCGGGUCGUCGGCUGGGAACGGCGGUGA